UAAACAUUAAAAAAAUUCAAGACGUGCAUUUCAUUUAUUCAUCCAAUCUUUUCAGAUUAAUUCCAAAAAUACUACCAAUAAUACCGCACCUAUUAUUGACAUAACAGAUAAAUAUAAUAGCUACAGAAUAUUAGUUCAAUAAUGUACGCGUUGCUGGGAGCAUGGGUCGUCAUGGUCAUGACGUCACGGGUGCAGUCCAAAUGGGUGGAAGGGCGGAUCGAUACAAAAGACAACUGGGCAUUCCUCUCCCGUUUCUGCUUCUUGUCUCUCGAGGGUCAAUUUGAGUAUCUGAUAGAAUAUGACAAGGACAUGGGCAUACCCAACCUCCUUUUGUAUUAUGAUGAUGACAGCCAAUGGCCGUCCGUAUAUCACAGCAGUAAGACCUGCAAAGAACGUGAAGAUGUCCUAAAUCGAGCUGGACAAAACCAGAUCAUAAGACUAUCGCACUGGUAUCCGGAUACAGAGUAUUCUGGAUGCGUCAUCACCAAGCAUAAUAAGGAGAUUCCUGCUUCAAAGAGCUCAACAACUCCAAAACCAACUGAACCAUCAAAAACCAAGAAAAACAGCACCAAAGUCCAACCACCAGAGCCAUCAUACUACGACCAGUUCCUGAAAACCACCCAGAAUCCCAAACCCACUCUCACGGACACCAACACCACGUGGUUUGAGCUGGUCCCAACAGAUGACCUGAACUUCACCACAGCUGCACCAGAAGAUGAAUUAUGGGAGAGUAUUGGGCCAAGAGAGAACGGCAGCCAUUUUGGAAACUUGAAUGAUGAAGUGGAGAUACUUUUUGAUAAUCGGAAUAGGAGCGGGCAUAAAAUAAAACGGUCUCUAGACCUGUACGAUCGCUUCCGUCGCCGGCGACUGAACUCCCAGUCCGGUGGAGCAGCCGCCAACCCUGAGAAGGAACACCUCAUGGUCACCUGUCACAACUCACGUCGGUUCAGAUCCGCGAGGGAGAGGUGGUGGUUCAUAGCGAUCAGUAAUUGUGAUAAUAAUAAGGGUCUGGACGUAAGAUACAAGUUUCUGAUGACAAAUGGCAUGGACGGCGAUUUCUGGCACGAACACUUUUCAGCUGAUGAGUUUUACGUUCUCCCGGUCCUUCUAGCAUACACCUUUGCUUAUAUCAUAGUGAUGAUAGCAGUAGUGAUGUGUAGCGUUGAGCUAAAGUCUCGACAUCUGCUACACUCGACAUACAAACUGUUCUUAAUGUCGAUAGUCGCACAACACUCGGGCGUUGUGUUACAAAGCUUGGCGUACAUACGGUAUGCCGCAAAUGGAUUUGGGAGUGAUAAUGCAAGGAUUGUCGGUCAAUUCUUUUGCGGUCUAUCAGAGAUGACGUUCCUGUUACUUCUGGUGCUCAUGGCGAAGGGUUACACCAUAACCCGCGGCCGCCUCAAAGUGGGUUUCACAGUCAAACUGACCGUUUUCAUGUGUUGCUAUGUCGUCACUUAUAUUGUGCUGUUCGUUUAUCAAGCUAAGGCAUUUGACCCGGGUGAAGUCCUCUAUCUAUACGAGAGCCCGGCCGGGUAUGGUCUCAUCGUGCUCCGGAUAACCGCGUGGUGUGUCUUCGCUUACUCCACCUUCUUUACCGUCAAGAAGUAUCCUGACAAGAAUACAUUUUACUGUCCUUUCUUCAUAUGCGGUACCUUAUGGUUCUACGCGGGGCCUUUAUUCAUAUUGACUGCAAAUACCUAUAUAGACAAGUGGGUUAGGGAGAGCGUGGUCACCGCUGUUCUGCUAUUUAUUACUUUCUGUGGGCACAUCAUGUUUCUGCUCCUGACUUUACCAGUAUUUGCAAACAAGAACUUCCCUUACCACGUGAGGACUACACAGAUAGGAGUUAUGGAGGUAACAGGCAACGCAGCUAUAGACAGUUUUGGUCGUAACGCUUAUCAUCCAAGCGAUUCAGCGCCACAAACAGUUAUAAUACCACUUACAAGACGCACGGAAGAAUUAAUAGGCAACAUGUACAGUCAGUACAUGGCGACUGCCCCCCCACUGUCCUUAGAAGACCAGCUCCCAAAACUGAACGGUCUACCCAAAAGAAUAGACUCAAUGUCCCCAAAAAGACGCUUGAUCUCCCAAGAUAGCACAGACACCAACUCCUCAGGAGAUAUAAGACCGACCAUCGCGAAAGAAGAUUCAAAAGAAAUUUUCACCGUCGAAAGUCAGAUUUCCAAAAUGGAUGCGGUAAAAGAUAAAUUUGUGUUGCCAGAGAGGAAUAUGAUGGAUAGUUUGGAGGAGGUAAAUAGGGGGGAUUUGCCUAAUGUGAUGAGGUCUAGACGGAAUAUCUUGGAGCCUAUUAAGAGGGAUGAGAAUGUGCCGUCUUGGUCCCUUGCGAAGGGACCUUGUAUUGUUGGCAUGCAGAAGAAGGGUGAAGAAGAUUCCCCUGAACUCAACGGCCUAAUAAUAAACGGUAAGAGAGUCCCACCAGUGAGGAACGGUCUUCAGUCAAGUUCUGGUGAAAUCUCCACAAUCGUCGAGGGUCGAGUCCAGAGCUACCCCAACGCAGUCAGCAAGGCCACCAUAGACUUGUUCAGCGCUGGGAGUCAUAAGGGAUGAUGGCUUCGAAGUAGGUUUACUUAUAGGAAGAUCGUAUUCAGGGGAAUUAUGAUGAUGUACUUAUUUUAAAAGUAG